CACAGAGGGAUCAGGGAGACCUCCUUCGAGGUCGGACCGUCGGUCUAUCGCGGGUCCACCUUUCCUGCCGCCCCCCAACAGCCGCCUCUGCGGAGAAUGGGAGAACAAAGGGAGGGGGCGGUUCUGGGGCCCCCGAGGGAACCCAGGGUCCCAGGUACUCCGCACCGCCCACUGACACUUUCGGUUUCUCCCCGAGUCAGAGGCGCCGCCCAAGAGACCCCGGCCGGUGCCGGGCGCAGCCGCCUCUCCGUAUUUGCCUGUCAGUCUUUGUGUCUGUCUCUGUAUCUGUCUGGCUGUCUCCGAGCUUGCCUCCACUUCCAGAACUAAGCCUCCGGGACACCGACACCCACCCCUUUCCCAUGGCAGGCUACUUGCCCCCCAGAGGCUACGCCCCUUCGCCCCCACCUGCCUACCCUGUGACCGCUGGGUACCCGGAGCCGGCGCUGCAUCCUGGGCCCGGGCAAGCGCCAGGACCCGCCCAGGUUCCUGCCCCUGCCCCCGGCUUCGCUGUGUUCCCCUCGCCCGGCCCCGUGGCCCCGGGAUCCGCUGCUUCCUUCUUGCCACUGCCGGGAGUGCCUUCUGGUCUCGAAUUCCUGGUGCAGAUUGAUCAGAUCUUGAUUCACCAGAAGGCUGAGCGAGUAGAAACAUUUCUCGGCUGGGAGACCUGUAACCGGUACGAACUGCGCUCCGGGGCUGGGCAGCCCCUGGGUCAGGCGGCCGAGGAGAGCAACUGCUGCGCCCGUCUGUGCUGUGGCGCCCGCCGGCCGCUGCGUGUCCGCCUGGCCGAUCCCGGGGACCGCGAGGUGCUGCGCCUGCUCCGCCCGCUCCACUGUGGCUGCAGCUGCUGCCCCUGCGGCCUCCAGGAGAUGGAAGUACAGGCUCCACCGGGCACCACCAUCGGCCACGUGCUACAGACCUGGCACCCCUUCCUCCCCAAGUUCUCCAUCCAGGAUGCCGAUCGCCAGACGGUCCUUCGAGUGGUGGGGCCUUGCUGGACCUGUGGCUGUGGGACGGACACCAACUUUGAGGUGAAGACUAGGGAUGAAUCCCGCAGCGUGGGCCGCAUCAGCAAGCAGUGGGGUGGGCUGCUUCGAGAAGCCCUCACGGAUGCAGAUGACUUUGGCCUACAGUUCCCAUUGGAUCUGGACGUGAGGGUGAAGGCUGUGCUGCUGGGAGCCACGUUCCUCAUUGACUACAUGUUCUUUGAGAAGCGAGGAGGUGCUGGGCCCUCCGCCAUCACCAGUUAGAGGCCGCCUCAGGGUGAGAAGACCAUCACCUCAACCAGAAUUCAAGAUGGUCACCUGCCCUGGCCUGGCUCCUCAGAGGCAGCCCCUUUCCUCCACGUACACUGCAGAGGACAGACAGGGGUGCCUGAGAGGCUGGGGGCCAUGGCAUCCCAUCCCUACCUUCCUCCCCUUGCCUCCUUCACCUGUGGCCCCCACAGAGGGUAUGUAUGAGCGCCCUUCCCUUACUACCACGGUCUCCCAGAAGUCCCUCAGCUCACAAGCACAUCAGCUUCAAACUUGCCCGCACACUGCCCCCACUCACUUCCAGGGCUUCUGCUCCAGAGGAGGCCAUUGGAACCCAGGACUCCGGGGUUUUACGACAGGGCCAGGGUGGAGAAGGGUAAGCAGCACCAAAGAUGGAAGACAUGGCCACCCUUCCCCUGCAUCAGCUUGGCCAAUGAGUUCAGCCUCAGACUAUGGCACUUUGAGGGAAUCCCCACCUCUCCAACAGCUGUAGGGGCUGGGCCCCAGUGCCAACUUCAUCUCUCCCUUGGGCCCUGCCCACAGCUGGUGCUUGCUGCAGCUUCCUGUGCCUUAUUUAACCACCCUUUCCUUCCCUUGCCCUAGGAAGGAGGCUGCAUCUUUGUAUGUUAUAUUCAUAUAAACUUUGUAACGUUUUGGA